AUAAAACCUGAUCAAUUGAAAAUGCACAGUUUACUGUGUGUAUAUAAAACCCGCCGAGACCACGUGACUUCCUUUCCCAACUAAGCUGAUAUCAUGGAUGCCAGCCGCGUGCAGCCCAUCAAACUCGCCAGAGUUACAAAAGUGCUGGGAAGAACCGGCUCCCAGGGACAGUGUACCCAGGUGCGCGUUGAGUUCAUGGAUGACAGCAACAGAUCUAUCAUCAGGAACGUGAAGGGCCCAGUAAGAGAAGGAGAUGUCCUGACACUUCUGGAGUCCGAAAGAGAGGCCAGAAGGCUUCGCUAGCAGUGCACAUAUGAAGACGUGCGGUGGCCAAAGCGUGAGCAUCAACACCCGCUCUACAGUUGGCAGUCAAAUGUCAUUUGUGCGCAGUUUGAAAUAAAGUGUCUUUUGUGAUUCA